CACCCCUUCUCUAUCAAACAUUCACUUGAUAGCAUUUAGCGUGCACAUUUUAAUAUCAGGGACACAUCUUAUUAAAGUGAAGCAAAAUUUAUAGGAGAAUGUCUGUUAGAGAGAGAAAGGCAAUGUUUGAAAAGAGCGAUGCUGAGGAAAAGGUUAAAUUACGUGAUCCUGGUUUGUCGUCUGAUUGUGAAGAGAGUCUUAAAUUAGCAAGGAAUUCCAAAGGGUCGUUAAAUCCAGAAUUGUUGACAAAAAGGGAUUGGAGAAAAAAGGAGAUGCAACAAGGAGAGGCUAUAGAUAUAAGGUCAAAAUAUGGAAACUUGAAAGUUUUUCAAGGUCCUCUUUGUUUUAUCCGGAAUGACAAGACCGGUGGAUUAUCAAUCUGUUCGGACGUUAUGGAAGAAAUUGCGACCAUCGAGGACACUGUUAAUAUCAUUACGAUAGCAGGGCCAUACAGGACUGGGAAAUCCUACCUAAUGAAUAGAUUGGCUGGCGUCAAACGGGGAUUUCCUCUUGGAAAUACAACAGCCGCAACGACAAAAGGGUUGUGGGUGUGGUGUUUGGAACAUCCAGAACGAAAAGAUGAGGUUCUGAUGCUUAUUGACACCGAAGGAAUUGGCGAUGUUAAGAAGGGCGAUGAAGGUAAUGACAACGCUAUCCUAUGUCUAGCUACACUUCUAAGUGGAACAUUUGCGUAUAACUGCAUUGGAGUUAUUGAUCACAAUCUUUUGAAGACACUCUCGUAUCCUUUGUAUCAUUUUACCUGUAUAUUUACCAAUAAUAUUUACCGACGAACAUAAUAUCUUUAAGGUAAACGCACACGUUCUUUUAUUCCUUUUACAUUGUUAUUUGAAUUAUCCGUGUAUCACUUAUCACGGCAGCUUUCAUAUAAACAAAUUUACAUGAUAUAUAAUAUGUUUAAUUGACAUUAAUUUAAAACUUUUGCUUUUUUUGCAAUUAGAUAGUUGUUAAAAGAAUUGAGUUUAAUGAAAAAUCACUAUUAAGCAUACACUGUAGUAUCAUGGAAGAGCACAGUUUUGUUUAAAAUCAACAAUAAAAUCAACAACAACAAAAAAUAAAAUAAAUAAAAAAAAACGAACUUGCUUUUAAAGAUAACUUGUUCUUGGAGUAUGACAACAAGAUGACAAACGAGGGUUAUCCGUAAAAUUCCUACAAAGAUUAUUAUUAAAAACAGAAUGCACCAUUCUUAUAUUUGAGAAAAUGUACAUAUUAACUAUCGAAGUAUCAAACCAA